AUGACAAACUCGGGAAAUGGAUGGGGCGGAAUAAAUGGAAAUUCCCGUAUUUCCUCUGGUUCUUUAAAACAACAAGAAUCCAUCAACGCUGACAAUGUGAUGGAUAUUUUUAAUGACAUCGCUCUGACAGCUGGUUCUGAUGCGAUCCUAGCUACCGACUGGCAGCCCACGUCGCGUAGGGAUCAGGGAAGAGACACACGCAAAACAUGGGGAAAUGUUCGCGUUCAAAAUGAGAUCGAAAAUGACAAUUUUUCUGCCGACGGAAAGGUCAAAGGUUCUAAUCGUUCUCAGAGGGAAAGUACCACCGGAUUUUAUGAAGACGCUAAUAGUAGGGGAAAUAUUCGGAGGAAUGAUAGUUCUCGAGAUAGCCUUUGGGAAAAUAACAUUAAGAAACAAAAUGACAACGAUGGGCGCAUUUAUACAGCGAAUAAUUCUCGGAACCAGGAUGCUCCCAAUGACCAUCAUAUAGGUAAUGGGGGUUACCGUAAUACUAAUACGAAUGCAAAUGCUAGUAGGUUAGGUAGCACAGAUAAUUAUACGAACAAUAAUGAUAUUUCAGAUAAAUAUGACAUUAAUCCAUCAAAUGAGAGCAACGUGAUAUAUAGGUCGGAUGACGAACAUCCAACACAUUUGACAUAUGCAUCUGUUGCGUCCCAGAAGAACCCAUCAUCACAAGAGUUAGGUGAUGAAAUAGGCGAUGUAGCUUUGAAAAUAAGCGCAUGGCACACUCUCGUGGAUCCUAAUUCCAAAGAACGGUUGGAUGGUAUUGGUACAGGUCAGUUGCAUCGCAAGGGAAAGAAUUAUAAGCCCGUUGAUGAGAAAACCGUUCUUGAGAUACAACAAAGGGGAAAGAGUAUCAAGAAAACAAUGAGAUCUCCGGAUGAAGGUUUUAUGGAUAAAAGUCAUUCUUCGCUCACAAAAUCAAAUUCUUUUUCAACUGGUGCACCUUUAAAGAGUUUGGACAGAGAUAAUCCUUCACCUAAACAUGAUCAAAAUACGCCCGAGAAAGAACAUUCUAACAUUCAGUCCAAGCUGGAUAAUCCAUCUUUUCGGGAGCUUCCUCAGAACAGCCCUCAAAAGCCACAGACCGCUACAAAAUCUCAACAGCCUCAGUAUUAUCGUCAUCAAUCACCAGUUCGUUCACAGGAGUAUCUACCUUUAAUUCCGCCGGAAUUUGAUUCAACACCGUACCGAAAGCAGCCAUCUCCAUUUACUGCUCAUUAUCGCAAGGGAGAUCGUAAUGGUAACGAUUAUGAAGAUCAAGAGGAUUGUGAUCAAAGUAGUGACGCAACGACCGAAUAUUAUGAAGAUAGCGAUAAUGAACUGGAAUAUGAAUCUUCACUUCCCGUGGUAAAACGCGAUCGCGGUGAACUAGUUCUCACCAUCAAUGUAGAACUUCAAGAGGGUGAAAACGCUCAAGCCAUCUAUGUUUACGUGGGUGACGAUCCGUCAGAUCUGGCACGUGAGUUUUGUGUUAAAUGGAAAGUUACAAAUGAUGUGGUAGAACCGGCAUUGGCGGCGUUAAUCAAGAACGAGAAAGAAAAACGGUUAGG